GGCGGCGCUGGAGGGAGGCGCGCUCGCCAUUGCGCAUCCUCCUCUCUCUCCCCGGGCUGCUGCCUUCCUCCUCCUCCUCUCUCCUCGGCUGGCGGCGGCAGGCAGGCAGCAAAGGCUGGCGACCAUGGCGCUGAGCAACUUCCUCUUCGCGCAGUGCACCUGCUACUUCCUCGCCUUCCUCUUCAGCUUCAUCGUGGUGGUGCCGCUGUCGGAGAACAGCAACGACUUCCACGGCCGCUGCCUGCUCUUCACCGAGGGCAUGUGGCUCAACGCCAACCUGACGGCCGAGCGGCAGCGCUUCACCGUGCAGGAGUGGGGGCCCGAGUCCGCCUGCCGAUUCAGCCUCUUCGCCGGCCUCCUCUCGCUGCUGCUCGCCGCAGUGCAGGCCUGGAGGACGCUCUUCUUCCUCUGCAAAGGCCACGAGGACUCUUUCUUUUACGCCUUCCUGAAUCUGCUCAUCAGCGCUUUUGUGGUUUUCGUCAUCUUCAUCGCCAGCACGAUUGUAAGCGUUGGCUUUAACAUGUGGUGUGACGCCAUCACCGAAAAAGGAAGCAUGCCCAACAGCUGUGAAGAAUUACAGGAUAUAGAUCUUGAGCUGAAUUUAGAAAACUCAGCAUUCUACGACCAGUUUGCCAUCACACAGUUUGGCCUUUGGGCUGCCUGGCUCACUUGGCUCGGAAUUACCAUUUUGGCCUUUUUGAAAGUUUACCAUAACUACCGGCAGGAGGACCUUGUGGAAAGCCUGAUUCAUGAGAAGGAGCUUUUGCUAGGAAGAUCCUCAUCACGAACUUCUUUCCAGGAGGAGAAAAGUGGCAUGAUCUAAUGGGCAGACAAGCCAGUCUACCUAGCAGAUGGAUACAAUCAGCAAACUGUUUUCUCACUAGCCAUGAGUCUUGGUUUGCGUUUCCUCUGGUACACAGAAACAGAGCCAGCCCAGCCUGAGGCAAAGGGCAAGAUGGCAUCCUCAUUUUUUCCUAUAUAACAGAAGAUGCCUGGAGUGGCAGCUGAUUCUUGCUUCAGUACAAGAGGGUAGCUCCUGUUGCCUUCCAGCACUCUCUGCUGGAGGUGCUUUGUCCACUCUUCCUAGUGGUAGGGCCGUUUUUACUUAAUUGAACAGGUAAGGGAUGUGGGUGGCGCUGUGGUCCAAACCACUGAGCCUCUUGGCUUGCUGAUUGAAAGGUCGGUGGUUCGAGUCUGCACAACUGGAUGAUCACCUGUUGCUCUGUCCCAGCUUCUGCCAACCUAGCAGUUUGAAAGCAUACCAGUGCAAGUAGAUAAAUAGGAACUGCUGCCACAGGAAGGUAAAC